GGAAAGACUCCUGGGCCGGUUCCGACGCCGACUAAGCUCCCCAUGGCGGAGUGGGUAGAGACGUGCUGUGCCGGCCGCAAGGCCCGGGGUCCUCGCGCCUCCCGAAACAUCGCAGGUACUAAGCAGACAAGUGCCUUGAAACAAGAAGACGCUUCUAAAAGGAAAGCAGAACUAGAAGCAGUUGUCAGAAAGAAGAUUGAGUUUGAGAGAAAAGCUCUACGUAUUGUUGAACAGCUUUUAGAAGAGAAUAUUACAGAAGAAUUCCUAAGGGAGUGUGGGAAGUUCAUCACACCUGCUCACUAUAGUGAUGUCGUGGAUGAGCGUUCUAUUAUCAAACUCUGCGGCUAUCCCUUAUGUCGGAAGAGGCUAGGAAUUGUACCAAAACAGAAAUAUAAAAUUUCUACCAAAACCAAUAAAGUCUAUGAUAUUACUGAAAGAAAGUGUUUUUGCAGCAAUUUUUGUUAUAAAGCAUCUAAGUUUUUUGAAGCACAAAUUCCUGAAACUCCAGUGUGGGUUCGAGAAGAAGAAAGACCUCCUGAUUUUCAGCUGCUACAGGAAGGACAAAGUGGUCCUUCUGGAGAAGAAAUACAGUUAUGCAGUAAGGCCAUUAAAACAUCAGAUGUUGACAGUCCUGGCCAUUUUGAGAAGCAUGAUGAAUCUAGUUCUUCUGGCACUCAUAGUGAUAGUAGCAGUGAUAAUGAGCAAGACUUUGUUUCCUCCAUUCUACAAGGAAACAGACCAAAUGCAACGGGUAUAAGGCCACAGCUGCACAAAAAAAGCAUAAUGAAGAAGAAAGCUGGUCAAAAGGUUAACUCCAAACAUGAAAGCAAAGAACAGACAGUAAUAGAUGUCACUGAGCAGUUAGGCAAUUGCAGAUUAGAUAGUGAGGAGAAAGCUGCUGCUUGUGAACUUCCUUUACAGAAUGUAAAUACUCAGAUUUCUUCAAAUAGGUCUCCGCAAGAAAAAUUAGAAGCUUCAAAAAUUUCUGAAAAUAAAUACAGUAGUUCAAAAAUAACUCUUGUAGGCAUAAGUAAGAAAAGUGCUGAGCAUUUUAAGAGGAAAUUUGCCAAAUCGAACCAAGUUUCUAGGUCAGCUUCUAGUUCAGUGCAGGUGUGCCCUGAAGUUGCAAAGGCAAACUUACUUAAAGCGCUGAAGGAGACUUUGAUUGAGUGGAAGACAGAAGAAACUUUGAGGUUUUUGUAUGGCCAGAAUUAUGCUUCUGUAUGUCUGAAACCCUCUUCAGCCCCUCUGGUUAAGGAAGAAGAACUUGAUGAAGAUGAUGUGAACUGUGACCCAGACAGUCAUUCCCCUGCCUUGCAGGAAUCUCAGAACAGCUUGGAUGAGUCUUUACCGUUUAGAGCCUCAGAUACAGCCAUUAAACCACUGCCAAGUUAUGAGAACUUGAAAAAAGAAACUGAAACAUUAAAUCUAAGGAUCAGGGAGUUUUAUAGAGGACGAUAUGUUUUGAAUGAAGAAACCACCAAAUCACAAGACUCAGAAGAGCAUGAUCCCACCUUUCCACUGAUAGAUUCAAGUUCUCAGAACCAGAUUAGAAAACGCAUCGUACUUGAAAAAUUGAGUAAAGUAUUGCCUGGACUUUUGGGGCCUCUUCAGAUUACAUUAGGAGAUGUUUACGCACAACUUAAAAAUCUUGUCCGAACUUUCAGAUUAACAAACAGAAAUAUUAUACAUAAACCUGCAGAGUGGACAUUAAUUGCUUUGGUGUUGCUGUCAUUACUGACCUCAAUUCUUGGCAUUCAGAAGCAUUCUCAGGAAAAUGUAAUGUUUACACAGUUUUUGACCACCCUGCUUGAAGAAUUACACUUAAAGAAUGAAGACCUUGAAAGUUUAACCAUCAUAUUUAGAACCAGCUGUUAACCACAGUGGUAAUCCGUGAAGACCAAAUAGAUGAACUUACAUUGACCAUUUCUGGAAUUCUAGCCACAAUAAUUGUACAGUUAGAGCUACUUAUCAGUCAUCACCAGACAGAGUGACUUCCGCAGAUAGAGGAGAACCAUUAUCCCAACAAGGAUAACCAAGUCCUUCCAUCCUAGAUACAAGACAUAGUAUUUCUACUUAUUUGAAAAUGAAAGCUGAAAUCUUAAGUUGAAACCUCAAGAAAAUAUAAUGACCUAUUUCUUCUGGAUUAUUAAAGCCAUCAUAUCAGUUGACCAGAAAAUUGAGAAAAGUCCCAUUUUAGCCUCAUAGUCGAACUCUCGAUUAUAAAGAACAGUAAAGAAUUAGGUCAAUAAAUACAAUUUAGGGCUUCCCUGGUGGUGCAGUGGUUAAGAAUCCACCUGCCAAUGCAGGGGACACAGGUUCGAGCCCUGGCCCAGGAAGAUCCCACAUGGAGCAACUAAGAUCCCGUGGAGCAACUAAGAUCCCGUGGAGCAACUAAGCCCAUGCACCACAACUACUGAGCCUGUGCUCUAGAGCCCACAUGCCACAACUACUGAAGCCCGAGUGCCUAGAGCCUGUGCUCCACAACAAAAGAAGCCACCGCAGUAAGCCCAUGCACCACAAAGAAGAGUAGGCCCUGCUCACCACAACUAGAGAAAGCCUGCAGGCAGCAAUGAAGACCCAAUGCAGCCAAAAAUAAAUAAUUUAUAAAAAUAAAUAAAUAAAUACAAUUUAAGAUGAAACCUUUUGGAAGUCUAGUCUUUAUUCUUUUAAAGAAGCUGGCUAUGCUAUAAAGUGGUCCUGAGCAAUGUACACCUGAAACUUACAUAAUAGGAAAAGAAAAACAUUAAGAAAAUGAACUGACAAACCACAGACUAGGAUAAAAUAUUUUCAACUCAAUCAAUCAUUCUUAAAACUCAAAAGUAAGGCAACUCAAUUUUUAAGUGGGCAAAAAUUUGAAUAGACAUUUCAGAAAGAAGAAGAUAUCCAAAUGGCUUGGCAUAUGAAAAGAUGCUCAACAUCACUAGUCAUUAGGGAAAUGCAAGUUAAAACCAAAAUUAGAUGAUACCACUUCACAGCCACUAGGAUGACUAUAAUAAAGACAAAGAUGGUGUUCGUGAGGAUGUGGAGAAACGAGCCCUAGUACACUGCUGGUGGAAAUGUAAAAUGAUGCAGCCACUUUGGAAAGUGAUCUGGCAGUUUCUUAAAAAGUUAAGCAGUUUACCAUAUGACCCAGCAAUUCCAUUCAAUGUUCCAUCCUAAGAGAGAUGAAAACUGUUCACAAAGACUUGUAGGUGCAUGUUCAUAACAUGAUUCAUACUAGUGAAAAAGUGGAAACAAUCCAAAUGGCCAUCAACUGCAAAUGGGUAAACAAAAAAUUCAUAAAAUAGAAAGAAUACUGAUAUAUGCUACUACAUGGAUGAACCUCAGAAACAUCAUGCUAGGUAAAAGAAGUUUGACACAUAAGCCAUAUAAGGUAUGAUUCCAUUUAUAAUGAAACGACAGAAAAGGAAAAUAUCUAAAACAGAUGACACUAAAUUGGUGGUUACAUGGGAGUGGGGAUCGUCUGCAAAUGGCCACAGGGAUCUCUUUGGGGUGAUGAAACUGUUCUGCAACUAAACUGUGAUUUUUGCACAGUUUUAUAAACUUUAAAAAUAUUUGUACACUUAAAACAGGUUGAAUGUAAUGUAUAUAAAUUACACCUUAAUAAAGCUAUUAGAAAUAAUAAUGUCCAUACUACCAAAGCAAUCUACAGAUUUGGUGCACUCCAAUGGCAUUUUUCAUAGAACUAAUAAUCCUAAAAUUUCUAUGGAACUACAGAAGACCCCGAAUAGCAAAAUCAAUCUUGAAAAAGAAGAACAAAGCCAGAGACAUUACAACCCCUGGCGUCAAACUACAUUAUAAAGCUAUAGUAAUCAAAACUGUGUGGUACUGGCACAAAAACAGACAUGUAGAUCAAUGCAACAGAACAGAAAGCCCAGAUAUAAACCCAUGCAUAUAUAUGGUCAGUUAAUUUACAACAAAGGAGCCAAGAAUAUACAGAUGGGGAAAGAACUGUCUCUUCAGUAAAUGGUUUUGGGAAAACUGGACCAUUAUCUCACACCUUACACAAAAAUUAACUCAAAAUGGAUUAAAGACUUGGACAUAAGACCUGAAACCAUAAAACUCCUAGAAGAAAACAUAGGCAGUGAGCCCCUGACAUCAGUCUUGGCAAUAUUUUGGAUUUGACAAUCCAAAAAUAAAUGGGACUAUAUCAAACUAAAAAGCUUCUGUGCAGCAAAGAAAACCAUCAAGAAAAUGAAAAUGCAACCUACUGACUGGGAGAAAAUAUUUGCAAACCAUAUAUCUGAUAAGGGGUUAAUAUCCAAAAUAUAUAAAGUCAUACAACUCAAUAGCAAAAAAAAAAAAAAAAUCAUUUAAAAAUGGGCAGAGGAUCUAAAGAGACAUUUUUUACAAAGAAGACAUGCAGAUGGCCAGCCAACAGGCACAUGGAAAGACGCUCAUCACUAAUCAGAGAAAUGCAAAUCAAAACCACAAUGAAAUAUCACCUCAUACCUGUUAGAAUGGCUGUUAUGAAAAAGACAAGUAACAAGUGUAGGCAAGAAUGUGGAGAAAAGGGAACCCUUGUGGUGUUUUGGUGGGAAUGUAAAUUGGUGCAGCCACUAUGAAAACAGUAUGGCAGUUCCUCAAAAAAUUAAAAGUAGAACUACCAUAUGAUCCAGCAAAUCCACUUCUGGCUAUUUAUCCCCAAAAAUGAAAACACUAAUUCAAAAAGAUACAUACACCUCUAUGUUCAUUGCAGCAUUAUUUAUAAAAGCCAAAAUAUGGAAACAACCAAAGUGCCCAUUGAUGGAUGAAUGGGUAAAGAAAAUGUAGUAUAUAUUUAUGCAAUGGAAUAUUAUUCAGCCAUGAAAAGGAAGAAAAUCUUGCCAUUUGUGACAAUAUGGAUGGAACUUGUGAGCAUUAUGCUAAGUAAAAUAAGUCAGAGAAAGACAAAUACUGUAUGAUCUCAUAAGUGGAAUCUGU